GCUUCAAGUAAAAUUUAAAAAAUUGUGAAAAAGAGUAAUUAAUGAGACAGAGAAAUAAAGAAAGCGAACAAUUGGCUUAUAAUCUGUUCGGCUUCGAAGUGAGAAGAAAAGAGGGUUACUACUGGCUGCAGAGUAUCCUUGACAAGAGAAUGAAAAACUGAAUAAGAGAAAGAUAGAGAGAGACAGAAAGGAGAGGCGCCUUUCUUCGGCAAUAGAGCUUUUUCUACGACAAAAAUGACGUCGCAACGAUAAUUACAAGUGUCUGGCGAUUUGUGCUUAGGGAGAUGAGUGGAUCGCGGCUUGGCAGGGGUCGAGCGGGCCGCCUUGCGCUCCUCGGCUGCAGCGCCCUUGCAGUUGUCUUUCUGAUGUUCCUCUACCGUUCGACGAAUUCGGAAAUGGCGCGACUUCGGGAUCUCCACCUAAAAUGCACUCAACAACAAGAGGCUCUUGCCACCCAGCUACAAGUAAUUUAUGAGUACAAAUUGCAACUUGAAAAGACCCUUUCAAACGAGAAGAGCGCAAAUGCUGCCGCUAAAGAGGAACUUCAGAAAAAAGCUUCAAGAGAAAGAUCCCUAAGAGAUAAGGAUAUUAUUGAGGCAAUGCAAAGAUUUAAUUCCCUUCAACAGAACUAUAAACUACUGCAGACUGAACACCAAGACUUAAAAGACGAUUGCAAAAAAAAAGAAGCUGUUGCGUUAGAAGAUAGCAAGAGGCUUGAAUCGACGUUACAAGAUCUGAGGAUACAGUUGAAGAAAGCAGGAGAAGACAAAGAAAAGUCUAUGGAACAUUUAAAAAUAAAAUAUAUGGAACUAAUAAAUCAAAAGGAACAAUUAGAGGAAAAUUAUAAUAAUCUCAAAAAACUUAACGGUGAUAAUAAUGGCAACGUGGAGCACUUAGAAAAGCAAGUUAUUCAGUUGCAACGAGAAUUGGAUGAUGUUAAGUCUCCGCACUUUUCAAUUGGUGUUGUAAAAAGUGAAAAUACACAAAUACUGCCAAGGCAUGAAAUCAGCUUGGAUAACAUCGAAAAUAAGAAGUCGCCAGAUAUAGAAAACAAUGAGGGUCAAGUGAUGCGACCAUCGUCUUUUUUACAGGUAAGUCCAUUCAGCGACAUAUUACAAGUUGGCCAAAAUCCGCAGCCCCUACAAGCACCCCAGAGCAACCGUUACCUAGACGGUAGCAACAUUAUAAAUAAUACCAACUUGAAUAACAAGGGCAUCAAUAUGGGCUAUAAUAAUACUAUUAGCAAUAUAAAAAACAGCAACAAUAGUUUUAAAUAUGACGAUUUAUUGCCAAAUGAACCGAAAAGCGAUGUGCGAUUUGAAAAUCGAAACGGUAAUAUCGUACCUGCUGGGCCGAAUGACAUUAGAGAUCAGUACGCAGGGCUGCCCAUGCCCUAUGUUCAGCAGCAGCAAGAACUAGUCCCGGAUAAGGUAAAUGAGGUCUCGCAAGAGAAGACCGAACAACUCAAACAGGUUUUGGUACCUCCAAAUAAUGCAGAAAAGUACUUAAACGCCGUGCAGAGGAAGAUGAAAGCCAAUACUAAUCUCUCAUCCAAAGAGCCGGUAAUGGUACCGAUAUUCAAACCUCAAGCCGCUGGUCAACCCAAUAAUAUCGACAAUAUGUAUCUUAAUCAUUUUGUUUAAUCGACUGUCAUGAGUGAUUGCGCCACGGAUGUAUGGAAUAUUGAGCGUCCAGUAUGUGCAAUGAAUUUCUAUUCCACCUCUGGAGUUCGCUUAAUAAUUUCAGUUUGUCAAAUUUAUCACAUUUAGCUUAAUUUAACAUUUUAUACCGAUCUUUUUUAUUUUAAUAAACUAACCUCAUCGAACAUUAUGCUUUGAAGAAAAGAAAGCAUGAUAUUUAUUAUUAGUUUUGACAGACUAAUGUUC